CCAAGUUGGUGUACUCCGGCGGCUCGGCGCGGACCGUGCAGCUGUAGGGAAGCGCGCCGCUCUCCGACGCGCCAGAGGCGGAGGAGUCGUUGCCCGACGGGGCGGGUGUCUGCUGCUGGUAGUGGAGCUCCGCCAGAGCCCGCACGAACCCUUCCGCGAAGCCCUCUUGCUCGUCGGUGAUGUUCUUGGGACAGAUGAACUGGGUCGGAGUCGGGGUCGUGAGCCCGGUGCAGGAUUGGAUGAUCAGCCGCUCCAGCUCGGGUGACGCCAGCUUCAGCAGCCCCACGUCAGGGGACGUCAGGAUAUCCAGGGCCUUGGAGCCCAGCUGGGGCUUGAAGUUCUUGGGGUCGUUCAGGUUCAGAGUUAGCGUCUGCUUGAGGGUUUUGGGGUUGAAUCCGUAAACCCUGGCGCCGUCAUGCUGGGAGUGGGACGCGCUGACGGCUUCGUCGUAGAAAGUCGCUUCCAUUUUCUUGGACAUAAAGUUACUGGAUGGAGGAUAUUUUUUUAAAACUUCUGUGAGAAUCGAUCCGCUGUUUACAUUCGUCCACUGACCCGCUCUCGGUCCGUCCGCCUUUUGUUGAAGUUCAACUCACUUGACAACUUCGUGUCCCGACAAAACUUUGCUCCGCUCCACCGUCCGUUCAUCCAAAUAAUCGGUGUCCACCCCUCCUCAGCCGCAAAGAACUUAAACCCGAACUAUCCCGCUUUGUUUACUCUCGUCAAAAGCCAAAUCCGCGUCUGAUCAGGGAUAACACUUUCUAUCACUUCCAACGUGGAGACGAACUUUAUCCACCUCUAAGCUGCGGCUCUACUGAAAAUAACAAUGAUGUCAUUUCUAACGCUUCUGAUUGGCCGGGCGGGGUUCGUUGGGCGGGGCUCAUCGACUGACCUGAGGGUUGCUCUGACAACACGCCUUUGCUCCGCCCCCCCGCAAUGGUUUAUGGGAUUAGGUAAUGCAGACAGCGGAGCAAUGUACUCUGGGAUUACGUAGUGUUUUUGAAUAUUUAGUUGCCCGCUCCGUCUUUUCGAGCCAAGCUCCACUGCCCGGCCCUCGAUGACUUUAUUUAGGAUAUUAACGAAAUGCAACAUUGUCACUAAGCAAACAGGAGACAUUUAAGGAGUAAAAAGUCGCUUAAAAGAUGCGUCAAUUCUUGAAACUACAUCUCAAAGUGGUCUGUUCUCAUUGAAAUGACGUCAGUGGUACUCUUAUUUUACUCCUCUUUUUUUAAGGAAAGGACACUACAGAUGAAUUGCCUUUCAAUAAUAUACCUCCCAUGAAGACAAGUCAGGUUUCUUUUGAAAGUUUAAACAUAAAAUGCUUUUAAAAUAUCAAUAUGAUUAUGAUGCUCUAUAAUUUCAUAUUUCAGAGUUUUUAUUUGACGUUUUUAUUCCUUUCAAGCACUGAACAUCUAAGUUUAAUUUUGUAUAAUAGAAUUACAUUGAACCAAAAUACCAAUGAUGCUGUACGAAUGCCGAUUCUGGGAAAUGCUGGUGGAUGUUUCUGUGGACAACAUAAAUUAAUCCUUUAUUAUGAGAAAAAUAAUGUGUCUAAAUUAAACCAAAAAUAUCUUCAAAUUUGCAGAAGAAGCUGAAUAUAGUACUCAAAAAACAAGAAGUAUAGGACAGAGGUUUCACUAUAUUUGAAUUAGAGUCGUAGCUAAUGUCAAUUAGAGCUCAUAUUUUCUUUAAGAAUUGCAGCUUUUGAAUGACUGUAAUACAUUUUUCUGGUUGACAGAGGCUGUGGGCCAUGUGUAAUCUGAUCAAGGCUUGUGAAUUGCCCCCAGGCCUGGCUUUGAACACUCCUGCCAAAGAAAUUAAUGAAUUUUCUCUUGUGAUAAUCACCCGUGUGGCAAGCUUCAGUAUCCACUCCUGUGGAGUCCUGACUGUGUCAUAUACUGUUCUGUUGUUAAUGAAUAAAUAUUUCAUUUCAGGCUUGUAUAAAAUGGCUAAGCUCAGUUUAACUUAUCUUAUCAACAGAGUCAGCCAGACGCUUUCAAAAUGUGCCAAGGUUUUUCUUAUCAUGUUUUCAUUCUGGCCAGCAGUUCUUUGUUUACCCAGAUAGUCCAGCGCCUGCAUGGUAAAAUUUAAAAUCUUCUCCUUAAGCUGGCUAUAAAUAAGUGAGCGGUUCUAGACAGUCUGGAGAGAGCUGUCGCUGCUGGAGGUCACCGCUCACGAUGACCUUGCGUCCUCCUACCCCGACAUGCAACACCCAUGUGAAAAUAUCUGACACCCCGAGGUCAACACACAGCAUUUAUGUAUAACAUCGGAUUGUUUUAAUUGUCAUCCUGUUUGUUGUUUCUCGAUCAGGCCACCUGUUCUUGAGCUUUCUAUUAUCAUCAUUGUAAAGCUUGCUCUUUGUCCAGUUUCCUGUUUCUCGGACUGCUCUUCCCCUCGCUGGCCUGACGGGUCACUUUUAGAUAACAAUUCCUUCCUGCACCAGCUGUUUCCAUAGCAGGCUUCCAACCAGGACCGCUGGUCUCCCUGGCUGACUGUUGUUGCGAUGUUCACCCAUGAAACAAGAUAACGGAGGAAGCUUGUACGUCCACGUGUCCAUACGGCAACGUUUUGAUUUGGGACUAAAUGGACGCACACAGAGACGCAGUUGUCUCUCUGUUCCGUCUCAGCUCAGCUCUCCUGGUCCAAACACGGUGGUCGGGGCCAGAACUGUUUUCUUUCAACAGCUGUUUGUCCCCUCUUUAUAAAGAAACACCAACACACGUAUAAUGUCAUGGCAGAGGUCUUCUUUGUGGGAGUGGACGUGGGCACCGCGAGUGUGCGGGCUGCUCUGGUCACCAGGGAAGGUCUCAUCAAAAGCACCGCAGAGAAGCCCAUCAGCAUCUGGGAGCCUCAGUCCGACCACUACGUGCAGUCCUCCAAUGAGAUCUGGGAGAAGUGCUGCGCUGUGGUCAAGGAAGUUACACGAGGCGUGGAGAGGAGUCAGGUGCAAGGUCUUGGGUUUGAUGCCACUUGCUCAUUAGUGGUUCUGGACCAGAGCUUCCAACCAGUUCCAGUGACGCAUGAGGGUGACAACCAGAAGAACGUGGUGAUGUGGAUGGACCAUCGGGCGUCAGAGCAGGCGGCUCGGAUCACAAAUACUGGCCACAGGGUCCUGAGCCGGGUCGGUGGGGUCAUGUCACCAGAGAUGCAGCCCCCAAAGCUCCUCUGGCUCAAAGAGAAUCUUAAGGAGAGCUGCUGGAACAAAGCUGCACACUUUUUUGACCUGCCGGAUUUCCUGUCCUGGAAGGCGACGGGCUCUUUGACGAGAUCACUGUGCACUCUUGUGUGUAAAUGGACCUUUUGCCCUCCAGAAGGAUGGGACGUGGGAUUCUGGUCGUCCAUUGGUCUCGCUGACCUUACUGAGAGCAACUUUUCCAAAAUAGGCAGUGCCACGUGUUCCCCGGGAAGCCCGCUUGGGGACGGGCUCACUCAAGAGGCAGCUGCAGAGCUGGGAUUGGAACCAGGGACUGCAGUCGGCGCGUCGCUCAUUGAUGCGCACGCUGGCGGACUAGGUGUGAUAGGCGCCGAUGUCAAAGGCUUCCAGCUGCCUUGUGAGGACCUGCCAAUCACAACGCGCAUGGCAGUCAUCUGUGGGACCUCCUCCUGUCACAUGGCUGUCAGUGAAAAACCUCUCUUUGUUCCGGGAGUGUGGGGCCCGUGUCUGUCGGCCAUGGUGCCGGGCCUGUGGCUCAAUGAAGGAGGCCAGAGCGCCACUGGACAACUGAUCGACCACAUGGUGAAGGGCCAUGCGUCUUACAGACAGCUCCUCCAAAAGGUCCAUCAGAGUGUGUCCCCCACCGGUGGGAACAUCUACUGCUACCUCAACCAGCACCUGGACUCAAUGGCGAACUCCGGUUCUGCCGUCGACCUGCUGGCGUCGAGCCUUCACGUGUGGCCCGACUUUCAUGGGAACAGGUCGCCUCUGGCCGAUCCAAACAUGAAGGGAAUGGUGAUCGGUCUGUCUCUCUCCCAAACCCUGGACGACCUGGCUCUGCUCUACUUGGCCACAGUUCAAGCUCUGGCUCUCGGUACACUUCACAUUCUGGAGGCUAUGAAGGAAUCAGGACAUGACAUCAGAACCCUCUUCCUCUGCGGCGGCCUGAGCAAGAACCCGCUGUUUGUGCAGAUUCAUUCAAACGCUACAGGGCUGCCAGUGGUGCUACCUGACCAGACAGAGGCGGUGUUAGUAGGGGCUUCCAUUUUGGGGGCCUGUGCAUCACAGAACAACACCACGAUACAUGAGGCGAUGGCCAGGAUGGCUCGGGCGGGUAAAGUGGUUCAGCCGGACCAAAGGCUCGUGAGCUUCUAUCAGAAGAAGUACAAAGUGUUCAUGCGCCUGAUGGACCACCAGAGGGAGUACCAGACCAUCAUGAGCCAGAGCUGAAGUGGAGAAGGAAAUGGAAGAAGGGGUUGCCGGAGAAGGAUCACAUCUGUGGUAGCACUUUGACCAUCUCAUGAAGCAGGAACUCAUUUCAAAAAUGAAAGUUGACUGAUAGAAGUCUGCUGUAAUGUAUUUCUAAUUUCUUUAAUGCAAACUACUGAUAAUUUUUGAAUGAUUUUUAAUACAAAUAUGAAUAAAUUAAACAUCUAUCUAUCUCUCUAUCUAUCUAUCCAUCUAUAUCUAUCUAUUUGUCUGUCUGUCUGUCCACCUUUUCAUCACAGCUAGUCAGACAGAAUGAGGGCCCAAAGCAGCCCCUGAGCCCCUCAUUUUGUAGCUGUGCUCUAAAUAUACGCACAGCUUCUGCUGCACAGUGACACUCGUUCAAAAUCCCGUCUCUUGUUCUCCCAUCACUUAAUUUUAUCCGUCCACUUCCCGUUAAGCUUUGGCCGUCCUCACAAUCUCCCCACCAAUAGUGGAGACCGUUUCCAAGAUCAAAGUUUACAAAGCUCUUGUGCUGAUGGGUGGGACGCCAAAUCCCGCACAGCUGAGCUAACAGCCGGGUUUCUGGUGGUGGGGUUACCAAGCCUGCUGCUGGUCAAUGCGGAGUCAUCACCAGGCGGCACGUUUCACGGCUCAAUUGCGUUUUGUUAGUUGAUGUCAAAAGGUCAUUAUUAUUGGACAUAGAUGUGUCGUUCAACCCGCUGUCAUGUCUAGUGCUGCGUAGUUGGAAGGGAAACUUCUGUCACAAACUUGCUCAGCUAUAGAGCCACAAAUAAACAGCAUAAAAUGGAAUGUGCCUCAGUCGUGUGAAGAUUCUCACGCAGGGAGCGGUGCGUGGCUUGCCAUCUUUGUCCUUCUCAUCAGGGAGCAUUGUGCCCUGAGCUGCUGCCAGCUCCUGUUUGCUUUGACGCGGAAGGUCAGAGAGCUAAAAUCCCACCGUGGAAAAAAAAAUGGAUGGAAAAUGAAUUGUCAUUCAAAAAUGAAUUACAUUUCUUGCAGCUUCAGGGUUUUUAUGCUAUUGUGCUCAGUGACUCAAGUAAUAAAUAGAA